CUACCAUUUCCUUUUCCGUCGACGUUCCUCUCCAAGCAGCAGCUCUUUCUGGUUCUGUCCGCAAAAGACAAAGAAACAUGUCCGACGAAGGAAAACUUUUCGUCGGUGGCCUGAGCUUCGACACAACAGAGCAAUCUCUUGCAGAAGCGUUCUCCAAGUACGGGAACAUCUCCAAAUGUGAUGUCAUCAUGGACAGAGAAACAGGAAGGCCUCGUGGAUUCGGCUUCGUAAAGUACGACAAUCCCGAGGAUGCGAAGGACGCUAUGGAUGCAAUGAACGGCCAGUCUCUCGACGGCAGAACCAUCCGUGUGAACGAGGCAGGCCAGGGCGGUGGUGGCGGUCGUGGAGGUGGCGGUGGAUACAGAGGUUCCCGAGGUGGCGGUGGAUACGGCGGUGGAGGUGGCGGUGGAUAUGGUGGAGGCGAGAGGAGUUACGGUGGUGGCGGAGGAGGCCGCAGUUAUGGCGAAGAUCGGGGCUACGGAGGUGGUGGCGGAUACAGGAGUGGUGGUGGUGGCGGCGGUGGAGGCCGAGGCGGAUACUCCUCCGGUGGCGGAUACAGGGACAAUCAAUAGGUUGGGCCCAUGAAGGCUACGGAGACCGUUCUAGGCCGGGGAUCCUACAGAGACUGCUAGCUACAACAGUUAACGUUAUGCUGCACACGAGUAAACUCCGAUUCAAGAUCAUCCCUUGGCUGGCUGUAUUUAAAAGAUGCGCUCCUCAAGAAAUGUCCACGUGUUGUUGUUGACCGGAUGACUUUUGUAGUCCUAUUCUGUGUUUAAUUAGCUAAGUUAGCUUGCUAGCUAGCUCGAGCGUCUUUCAAUUUAGCCACGUGUGUCGGCCAUUCAUUUACAAACCAUGUGAAAAGUUCAUGUUCUCUUGCCCGAUAACAUUCCACCUUUGUACUUUCUGUUCUUUGUCUCCUCAACAUUAUUUUUUGUGUCAAUUUUGGCUUUAUGGAACCUAUUAAACGAUUUCUUUGGAAAAACAA